AUGAUUCACAGGCCGUGGGUCCAAAACAUCAGGACAGCAUUUAGUCCGACCAGGCCAUGGGCGGGGUCGAGACUUAUUCGAUUCAACUCUACGUCGGCGCUGGAUAGCUGCGUGAGACCGUCGAAGGUUUUGAACGCAAAGCCGAACCUCAGCAUUGGCAUUACGCAGCGCGCAGCUAAUAGACUAGGCCAAAUAUUCAAAGACUCCAGAGAAGCGCUAAGAGUUAGCGUAGAAAGUGGGGGGUGUCACGGCUUCCAAUAUAACCUCAAGCUGAUCCCCAGAGAUGAGAUACAACUUAAUAAUACUAUGAACUCUGACAAGAAGGAUGCCGCAGAACCACACCACGAUGCGUUCGAAGAUGACGGCGAAUUUGGAGCAGACGAGGACGUUGUUUUCGUACUACCAGACGACGGCGGCCAAGUCGUGAUCGAUGAAAAGUCUCUAAAAGUGCUCGACAAGACAAUAUUGACCUAUACCACGGAGCUGAUAGGGUCAACGUUUAAAAUCACCGGCGGAAACAUGAAAAACAGUUGCGGUUGCGGUAGCAGCUUUGACGUCGAACUUUAG